GUUGUCCCUGCGGGCGGGGCGAGUUGCUAAGGAAAUGACUGCCCGCAGCGCCUGGCCCCGCCGAGCCGGCCGGGCGGGGUCUGGAGCGGCGCCGUUUCCGCUUCCGCUCCCUCUCAGCUCCCGUCCCGUUACCGCCUCCUGGCCGGCCUCGCGCCUUUCACCGGCACCUUGCGUCGGUCGCGCCGCGGGGCCUGCUCCUGCCGCGCGCACCCCCGGGGCUUCGGCUCCGGCACGGGUCGCGCCCAGCUUUCCUGCCCCUGAGGCCGCCGGCCAGCCGUCGCCAUGGGUGCCUAUCUCUCCCAGCCCAACACGGUGAAGUGCUCCGGGGACGGGGUCGGCGCCCCGCGCCUGCCGCUGCCCUACGGCUUCUCCGCCAUGCAAGGCUGGCGCGUCUCCAUGGAGGAUGCUCACAACUGUAUUCCUGAGCUGGACAGUGAGACAGCCAUGUUUUCUGUCUACGAUGGACAUGGAGGGGAGGAAGUUGCCUUGUACUGUGCCAAAUAUCUUCCUGACAUCAUCAAAGAUCAGAAGGCCUACAAGGAAGGCAAGCUACAGAAGGCUUUAGAAGAUGCCUUCUUGGCUAUUGAUGCCAAACUGACCACUGAGGAAGUCAUUAAAGAGCUGGCACAGAUUGCAGGGCGACCCACUGAGGAUGAAGAUGAAAAAGAAAAAGUAGCUGAUGAAGAUGAUGUGGACAAUGAGGAGGCUGCACUGCUGCAUGAAGAGGCUACCAUGACUAUUGAAGAGCUGCUGACACGCUACGGGCAGAACUGUCACAAGGGCCCUCCCCACAGCAAAUCUGGAGCUGGGACAGGCGAGGAACCAGGGUCCCAGGGCCUCAAUGGGGAGGCAGGACCUGAGGACUCAACUAGGGAUACUCCUUCACAGGAAAAUGGCCCCACAGCCAAGGCCUACACAGGCUUUUCCUCCAACUCGGAACGUGGGACUGAGGCAGGCCAAGUUGGUGAGCCUGGCAUUCCCACUGGUGAGGCUGGGCCUUCCUGCUCUUCAGCCUCUGACAAGCUGCCUCGAGUUACUAAGUCCAAGUUCUUUGAGGACAGUGAGGAUGAGUCAGAUGAGGCGGAGGAGGAAGAGGAAGACAGUGAGGAAUGCAGUGAGGAAGAGGAUGGCUACAGCAGUGAGGAAGCAGAGAAUGAGGAAGAUGAGGAUGACACGGAGGAGGCUGAAGAGGACGAUGAAGAAGAAGAAGAGAUGAUGGUGCCAGGGAUGGAAGGCAAAGAGGAGCCUGGCUCUGACAGUGGUACAACAGCGGUGGUGGCCCUCAUAAGAGGGAAGCAGUUGAUUGUAGCCAACGCAGGAGACUCUCGCUGUGUGGUAUCUGAGGCUGGCAAAGCUUUAGACAUGUCCUAUGAUCACAAACCAGAGGAUGAAGUAGAACUAGCACGCAUCAAGAAUGCUGGUGGCAAGGUCACCAUGGAUGGGCGAGUCAACGGGGGCCUCAACCUCUCCAGAGCCAUUGGGGACCACUUCUAUAAGAGAAACAAGAACCUGCCACCCGAGGAACAGAUGAUUUCAGCCCUUCCUGACAUCAAGGUGCUGACUCUCACUGACGACCAUGAAUUCAUGGUCAUUGCCUGUGAUGGCAUCUGGAAUGUGAUGAGCAGCCAGGAAGUUGUAGACUUCAUUCAAUCAAAGAUCAGCCAGCGUGAUGAAAAUGGGGAGCUUCGGUUAUUGUCAUCCAUUGUGGAAGAGCUGCUGGAUCAGUGCCUGGCACCAGACACUUCUGGGGAUGGUACAGGGUGUGACAACAUGACCUGCAUCAUCAUCUGCUUCAAGCCCCGAAACACAGCAGAGCUCCAGCCAGAGAGUGGCAAGCGGAAACUAGAGGAAGUGCUCUCUACUGAGGGGGCUGAAGAAAAUGGCAACAGCGACAAGAAGAAGAAGGCCAAGCGGGACUAGCAGUCAUCCAGACCCCUGCCCACCUAGACUGUUUUCUGAGCCCUCCGGACCUGAGACUGAGUUUUGUCUUUUUCCUUUAGCCUUAGCAGUGGGUAUGAGGUGUGCAGGGGGAGCUGGGUGGCUUCACUCCGCCCAUUCCAAAGAGGGCUCUCCCUCCACACAGCAGCCGGGAGCCUCUGCUGUCCUCCCCAGCCGCCUCUUUGCUCCUCGGGCUCAUCACCGGUUCUGUGCCUGUGCUCUGUUGUGUUGGAGGGAAGGACUGGCGGUUCUGGUUUUUACUCUGUGAACACUUUAUUUAAGGACAUUCUUUUUUAUCGGCGGCUCCAUGGCCCCUCGGCCGCUUGCACCCGCUAUGUUGUACACUUUCAAUCAACACUUUUUCAGACUAAAGGCCAAAACCUAAUCGU